GAUAUUUUCAUAUUUAAGGAGCACCUCGAUGCUCGUUUCAAUCAGUCACAGUUUAGAUUCCACCCUGAGCUACCACCGGAUUUUACAAAAUGAAAUACAUAUCCGAAGGAAGAACCAGCAGGAAAUUCAUAUUGGUACCUGUACUUCUCUGUUGUACAGUCAUGGGCUGUGCUCAAGGAUAUCCAGGAGAAGAUUUUCGCUACAUAGACAGGGAUUUGGCUAGCCCGGGGGCUCAUCAGCUGGCCAGCUGGCUGGCGUCGCAGCUGCGCCCGAGGGAGAUAAUACCGGUGGAGGUGCCGGUGAUACCGUAUCGGCUGCCCAUCCAGGGCAAGAGGAACUCGGAGGUGUCGAACGCCAUCAUGGGCUCGGAGGAGUCGCAGAAAAUGUACCGGGAGGGUCGCUGAGCCGGCCCGGGCCGGUUCGACGCUGCGCUCCGAAAUUCUAUAUGCCUAUUUCAUUAUGAUACCGAAUUAGAGCGAUUGAGAUUAAAGAGUUUCAAACGUCGUAAUUGUUGACAAUUGUAUAUCUGAAU